UAAAUUCAAGGAGAAAAGACGCCUGUGUGCGUGAUGGCGAGCUGAUAGCUUUCAAGAGCUGUAUUGAAACCGACUGAACGCUUGUCGAAACGAGUGGCAGCAACAAGGUCACUUCCGCUAAUCGACAACUGCUCUGGCGCUUAGGGCACUUCGCCGUCCCCUCAAUCCCCCAAACGUUCAAUUACCACAUCUGAGUGCAAGUUCCCAUUUUUCCAAACGCGGGUCCGUCAGAAAAAUGAAAGGCUGAGCAGUGCAAAACAGCUGAAACCAUACGUUGGUGCUCCGUCAUUCAAAGGAGCCGCCAUGAAGCCCAUUGAGCUUGAUGGCAGAACAGGCGAAGGGGGCGGACAACUCGUGCGCCUUGCCGUCGGCCUCGCAGCUCUCACCUUUCAGCCCGUAACAAUCACCAACGUUCGUGGCAAUCGCCAGGGUGGCCGUGGCGGCGGCCUCAAGAGCCAGCACGUCACCUCGAUUGCGUGGCUCGCCUCCGUCACAGACGCUCAGACGACAGGCCUCGCCGUCGGCUCCAAGACGCUGACCUUUGUCCCGCGGCGGUCGCCCUUGCAACUCACAUCGGAGGGAGGCAAGCGGCGGUUCAGCAUCUCAGCCGAGUCGGAUGCCGCCAGCGCCCUGCUCGUGCUGCAGGCCAUCUUCCCGUACGCCCUGUUUGCGAGCUGCGAAGGGGACGAGCCGUUAGAGCUGGACAUUUCGGGCGGCACCAACGUCGCGUGGUCGCUGAGCUACGAAUAUUUUGACCAAGUGCUCAUGCCAACGCUGGAGGAGCGCUUCGGUGUUCGGGUCGAGAGGGAGCUGCGGCAGCGCGGAUGGAGCCUGGGGUCCAAAUCGAAGGGAAAUAUCUGGCUACAGAUACAUCCCGUGCCGCGUGGCCAAAAGUUACGGUACGUGUCGCCACCGGCGUACACUUACCCGGACUCGUACCGCGUCGAGCGCGUGGACGUGAGCAUCAUCGUGCCUCAAUGGGCACACGAGACGCUGCAGAGCAACGUGGCAAGAGAUCUGGGCACCCUAUUCCCGGACGCCGACGUGCACUUCAAGCUGAUGGAGGAUUCGCGAGACGACGCGCGGUGGUCAGUGCUGCUGGUGGCUAAGUCCGCGGCAGGGAUUCGGUGGGCGAGGGAUGUCCUCUGGUCGAUGCCCAAAAAGGCCAAGUCAAGGGACGUGCUCGUGUCCCAGCUGUCGCGAACGCUGUGCAAGCGUCUCUACGAGGAGGUGGAGAUGGCCGGCACAGUGGACGAACACUUGCAGGACCAGGUCGUGUCGCUUCAGGCGCUGGCCGAGGGGCUCUCGUCGUUUCCGCGACACGAAGACGGGUACGACGCCGAACGACGAGACGUCGGCCAUGUGACGGACGCUGUGGCCAGCCUGAGCGUCGACACAAGGCUCCGAAGAGAGAAGACGCACGAGCCCUUUGGGCACGGCUCAGGGCACACGCAGACGGCACGGUGGGUCGUUAGCGAGCUGCUUCCUAAGAGCGAGUUCUAUAAUAAGGGCGAUGUCGUGCGCGGGGUUGGGUUCUCGCUGUAGGGAGUCGGAAGCAUGGAUGGGAAAUGGGAGAACCCGGUGUUAAGUUGUUGGUUUGCAUGUGAGGCGCGAUGCUUGGUGUCUGCGACAUGUAGUCGUGGGGCCCGAUACCGUUAUCACGUACUUAACGAUAGCGAGCGAUAGAGAAAAACGCCGAUGGCAUAUACGUGCCGUCUUUGAAUAGACAAUGGCAUCCGGAAUCGGGCA